UUAGGUUUUUCAUUCCUCAUCGACUCUUAUCUAUUCAAAAUCUAGUAUUCUGAUACUUUUUUUCUUUUCUCCUGUAAGAAUUGGAACUGUCUGAAAUUAUGGCUUGUUAUAGCCUAUUUUUCUCUUUGAUAUUGCUAUUGGCUGCAGUUUGUUAUGGCCAAGAUGCUUUUGUCUGCUCAAGAGCAACCUAUUAUGGCAGCCCCGACUGCUUUGGAACGGCGACUGGAGCUUGUGGGUUUGGAGAAUAUGGAAAGACUGUCUACAAUGGUGAAGUCACUGGAGUCUCUAGGCUUUACAGGAACGGAGCUGGUUGUGGCGCUUGUUAUCAAGUAAGGUGCAAUAUCCCAACACACUGCAGCGAGGAGGGAACACAGGUAGUGGUAACAGAUUAUGGCGAGGGAGACAGAACAGACUUCAUACUGAGUACACGUGGCUACGCAAAAUUGGCUCAACCCGGCAUGGCUGCCGAACUAUUUUCAUACGGUGUAGUUGACAUCGAAUAUAGAAGAAUUCCAUGUCAUUACCGUCAUAAUCUUUUGCUAAAAAUCCAUGAGAGUAGCAGGUACCCUCUGUACUUGGCCAUAGUGCCAUUGUACAAAGGGGGAAUUUAUGAUAUCACUGAUAUGGAAAUCUGGCAGGAUGAUUGCAAGGAAUGGAUCCCAAUGCGAAGGGCAUAUGGAACAGUAUUCGACAUCCCGAACCCACCAAGGGGGCCUCUUAUCAUCAGAUUUAGGUUUGUGGUCGAGGCCAAUGCAGAAGUGAAGUGGGUGCAAUUAGCUAGUGCCGUUCCCAGUGAUUGGAAGGCUGGAAUUGAAUAUAAUACAACGUUUCAACUUAAUUAAUUAAGCUCCACGUUACCUACCGAUGCAUAACUUCUAUAAUAUCUAUAGGCUCGACUACUUGGUAUCUAGUGUUUAUUUUCGAUGUUUGUAAUGGUGCUUCGAUUAAUGCUCUCUUAGAAUGUUUGAUGAAGUACUCUGUGCACUUUGUUUGUAACAAUAAAUAUAUAUAUAUAUAAAAAGGACUCAUGUUUAGUA